AUGGUUGGAGAUUUAUCCAACGAUAACCAAAUGCUUAGGAAAGAUGUUGAUGGAUUGAAACUCACUCUUAACAAAGAGGAAUCUAAAAGGUUGGUUAAUAAUUUGUCUAUUACCGGUCUUGUUACUGAAAAUGAUGAUAAAGAGCAAGCAGUGGAGAAAACUUUCUCUUUAUUUUCUUUUCUGGAUACACCUAUCUCUCGGAAUGAUGUAGCUCAUUUUAAACAAGUUCCAACCAAAAACGGCGUAAAGGCUAUAGUUACCUUGAAGCCUGAAGAUAAAAAGCAGAUUCUUACAACUCGUUCCAAAAAAGGGAAACUAACACUUAGGAACUCUAAAUGUGGUGAUACGGAUUCUAGAAUUUUCGUCGAUGAGGAGCUGACCAAGGAAACGUACCAGUUAUACAAACGCUCAAGGCAACUUGAUGGUGUUGGCUAGAAAUAUGUGUGGCAUCGGGGAGGGGAAGAUUCUAGCUCGCAAGAAUGAUGGCUCUGAUAUUAUUUUCAUCCGGAAUGUUAAUCAAGUAAAUGACCUGCUUAAGUAGACUUUUAUCUCAUUUGCUUUUAUUGUUUUUUUAUAUAUAUUUUCCAUUUGUUGCUUGAUUUUUAUAAUUUAUCAUGGCUAGUACGAAUCUUGAAGAUAAUUUAAGGUUAGGACAUAUUAAUGUAAGAUCACUGAUACCAAGUUUGGACGAAAUUAAGUCUUCGAUAGAUAAUUUGAAGUUGGACAUAUUAGGAGUAAUAGAAUCAUGGUUAACUGAACAAGUUAGUGAAGAGGAAAUUAAAAUAAACGAUUUUGUUUUAUCGCGUUGAUCGUGGGUCUCGGGGAGGUGGAAUAGGGGUUUAUGUUCGAUCUGAUAUUACAGUAGUUGAGAUAGAUGUAACUGAGGACCAGAGAGGAAUUUUUGAGCAGCAAUGGCUUAUUCUCAAAAUUGGCAAAAUAAACUUGGGGUUGGGCAUCAUUUACCGUCCUCCUCGUUUUAAUGUGAUGACUGCUUUACGCUAACUGGAAGAAUAGCUAAUUUAAUUCCAGUGACAGAUGAAUUGAUUAUAAUGGGGGAUAUUAAUAUUAAUCUAUUAAGACAUACUAACAUAACCAAUCAGUUUAAUAAUUUGCUUGAUACUUUCAACUUUAAGCAAGUUGUAAUUAACCCAACUAGGUACUCCCGAGAUACAGCCAGUUUGAUUGAUGUCAUCAUCCUGUCCGAUGAUCAUCUCUUAAGUGGCAGUGUCCAUCAUCAGGACUUGCAUCAGCAUUCCGAUCAUCAGCUCAUACACUGAUCAAUAAAUAUUAAGAUCUCUGCCAUUAGGCCUAGAGUUAUUGAAUAUCGUAACUUUAAACACUGACAUUUAUAGCUUCAAACCAGAUCUUAUAAACGUCCCUUGGUGGCAGGUUGUAGACUGUGAUAAUGUUAACCAGAAGACUGCAAUUCUCUCAGAUAUGAUAUUGACUCUUUUUGAUUAUCAUGCGCCAAUAUGUGAGAAAAAAGUUACCAGGCCACCUUCCCCGUGGUUUACUGACGCGUUGCGUGCGAUGAAGAAUCACCGUAACUAUCUUUCCUCUAAUUACAAACGUACUAAAAAUUUACGGGAUUGGGCAUCCUACAAAGAAAUGAGGAAUUAUUUUA